CUUAGCGCCCAUAUUCUGAAGGCUUCUGGGAGCUGGAACUUUUGCUGUCGAGUUAAUUACGUGCCGGUUGUGUUUCUAGAACGUUACCUUAGGCACAGAUAAUCCAUUAUCACAGGGCUACCAGUCGAGCAGAAACGACCAACACACCUCAACACUUGAAGAUCUAAUUAUCUCGGCUACAGGAAGGCCGACGAUAGUAAAAAUGCGCUACCACCAAGCCUGUAGGCUCUUCAAGACCAAGCAUUGGGGGACCCUCUGGCGAAAUAAUAUCCCAGGCCUUGACGCGUUGAAAGAGAUGUCUCAAUAUACCUUCGUGGCAUUAGAUUUCGAGGGGCGGAUCACCAAGGACAAGCCUAUUGGCAUUACUGAGAUCGGACUUGCUGUCCUUGCCCCCCCUAUUGCUACCAACAGCAUAAGUCCAGAUGCUCUUAAAUAUCAAGGCAAAACACCUGAAAUCUUCUUUGAACAAAACUCGAUCGAAAGCUAUUGGAUCCAAAUCAAAGGAAGGGAGCGUAGCAAAAAGUGUCGAGACCGAUACCAUUUUGGCAACGUCCAGGAAAUUGAAGCCGAGCAGGCUGAGAACGCAUUAGUCACCUUACUACAGUCUAUUCAGUGCCGGUCCAAGAGUCCCUUGGUUCUCGUUGGAUUCGACCUCGCCUUCGAAUUUAUAACGAUCGCAUCACAUCUCUCUCAAAUCACCCAAUAUUUCUCAUACUGGGUUGAUUUGCAGGAAAUCGUGACAGAAAUCUCCAACACAAAGAGUCCCGGCAUGAAAGCUACACUUCUUUCUUUCGAGUUCUUUUCAGAGGACCUAGCUAUCCGUGGUAAGAGCGAUCAUAAUGCUGGAAAUGAUGCGGUUCGCGAGCUGGCAAUCCUUGUCAACCUGCUGUAUCUAAGCAAGGGCAACACUAUUCAAAUUCAGGCCAAGCAGCAUAGAGAUAGGGAUACGUUACAAAGAUUCUGGACAAGGACCCGUCCAUGCCCAAGGGAACUUUACCCCUUUACAGUCAGGAUUCGUAUUGAGGGUAAAGAUUUGAGGUCUUUGGUUCCAAACUGCCAGCAACUAUUUAGUCUCUUUCCUAGCUAUCAACCAUCAGCAGUAGGAAUGACCCGGACUGGCAAUUAUGGCUGGGUAUGUCUACCAACUGAAAAAGAACUAAAACGUUUCAUUGAUGAGCUUCAUGGCCACAAAUUCAAAGGAGAGACAUGGAUCGCCGUCACAGACUAUGAUUCUCAGAUAUCACAUCUAACACCCAAGCAACUUCGCGAGGCCGAACGAGCAAAGCAGGAAGCUCAACGAGAGCAAAAGCAACUGGAAAGACGCGCGAAGAGGGACGUUGAAUCAGAUGAGCUCGUCAAUAUCAGUCCCGCGUAA